UUUCGUCUCCCAGGUGUGAAGCAUCCAUAAAAAUGAACUGCGCGCUUAUUGCACAGAUGAGACUGCACUCAAGUGUAAAAUGCGUUUGUUUACUAAUCCUCGCUCUGUAACCUCUGGCAUCACUGGACUCAAACCAUGUCGGCUGGUUAAACUUUAGAGUCGGAAUUGCUGUGUCUGGGCACCAUAUUGUUAACAGUUAUUUUGCUAGUGCUAAUGGCCGCGUGGCAGCCAGCCAAGGGCUUUAUAGCGGAAGUGGCAGCGCGAGGAACGCGGGUGUAUGGGAGGAAGAAAAAACUAUUAAGAAAAAAAUCCCUUUGAAAGAAAGGCGAGAGAGACCCCAUUGCGGCGGGCGCGACCCAAGGCUGCCAAAUCCAGAGCUCCCUGCAGCCCGGGUCACUGUCCAACUAUUCAUGACAACUCGGUAUACUGGCCUCUGUUUUCACUCUGGGAUUUGCAAAGGAAGGAAAAGUGUGAGAGGGAACAAAAAACAGCCAGGUGGGGGGUCAUUAUGGUGUAGUGUGUCCUCUCACUACGCUAGGCUCACAGCAUCAACCUGAGACCAGAUACAGUUAAUUAUCUACCAGCACGCACACACACACAAAGACAAGGGUGCAUGAACUAACCAGAGUGACAGAAGAACCUUCCAUUGGACAGAAAAGAGACAGUCUAGAUAAAAAAGACAGAUAAAGUUAGGUAGAUCUGAGGCUAGAGACAAGUAAAAGACAGAAACCUGGUCCCAGCACACAGCAUGUGAUUGUGGAUCAGAAAAACAUAUGAGAGGAGCGAAGACUGGAUAUUCUCCUUCUUGACAAGACAGACAAACACCAACAGCAAAAGAAGAACCAAUGAGACCGGCCUCCCUCACACAUGCCCUUCCUCUCUCGCCAACAUCCUCGGUGUCAUCCUGUGGAUCUGCUAGCAGACGGGCAUCACUGGCAUCAUGCCGGCUGCGUUAAAGUCAUCUCUGGAUGGGAGCAUGACAGAUUCAGGGGAGCUGGAGCCGGUGGCAACUCCCUGCUUUGGAAAAGUGCCUCGUGACCUGCUCCAAAACUUUCCUCAUACUAAGCGUGUGGGCAGCUACCUGGUGGGCAAAAUGAUCAACAAGGGCUCAUUCGCCAAGGUUAUGCUGGGCAUGCACAUCAGUACAGGAGAGAAGGUGGCGAUCAAGGUGAUAGAUAAGAAAAAGGCUCGUCAGGAUUCAUACGUUUUGAAAAACAUGAAGCGCGAACCCCGGAUUCACCAGCUGAUCCGCCACCCGAACAUUGUCUUGCUGCUGGAGACGUUGGAGACGGAGAACUGCUACUACAUGGCCAUGGAGCUGUGCGGAGGAGGAGACCUUAUGGAUCGAAUCUGUGAACGCAAACGGCUGGAGGAGAGAGAGGUCCGCAGGUACACCCGCCAGAUACUGUCUGCAGUGGAACACCUGCACCGGCACGGGAUAGUUCACAGGGACUUGAAGAUUGAGAACUUCCUACUGGAUGAGCACAACAACAUUAAGAUAGUAGACUUUGGUCUGAGUAACACUCUGAAGGCAGAUUCUCUCUCUCUGGAGCUGCUGAGCACUCAGUGUGGCAGUCCUGCUUACGCGGCUCCUGAACUGCUGGCCCACAAGAAGUACGGGCCUAAAGUGGACGUGUGGUCUGUGGGUGUGAGCAUGUUUGCCAUGUUGACUGGCACUCUGCCAUUUACGGUGGAGCCCUUCAAUAUUAAGCAGCUUCAUCUGAAAAUGGUGAAUGGAGAAAUCAGUCCGAUACCAUCAGACAUCAGCAAAGCGGCUGUACAGUUUGUCUUGUCUCUGCUGGAGCCAGAACCAGCAAAAAGGCCAACAAUAAAAGCAGCAAUGGAGGAUAAAUGGUUGAAUGAGGGUUAUGCCAAAAGACCCCUUCAUACUCUCACUCAUAAAAACAGGCUGCGUCCUGAGGAUCUGAACACAGCUGUGUUAAACUACAUGACUGAAUCUCUAGGUUACGGUCUAUCUGAUAUCAUCCACACUGUCAUCAGUAACAAGCCGUCAACCAUUUUGGCUUGCUACCAUCUACUGCUGAAAAAACUCACCAGGCAUCAGAAAGUAGUGAGGACCAUGAAGAGAGAAGAGAACAGUGAAUGGAAUCUUCUGAACAAGGGCUUGUCGAGAGGGAGAAGCAACGCGAGUGCAAAGAGUCAGCAGCAGUCUCCUCAGAGUGACACAGCCAAUGAGAGGAGCUCAAGGCAGGCCAGUAAGACCCAGAGGAGCCAAUCACAGGACAGAGAUGCCCAGAGUGGCACGAAAAGGACAGCGCAGUCCACCAGACCAAAGCAGCCAAGCCUAGUGGACAGAGCAGAUUCCCCCUCCUCCCUGCACUUGGAUACAGCUAAUGAGAUUUCCAUACUGGUCGAGACACAAGAUGGGCUGAUUCCUAAGGUCUUAACAUUUGGUGAGAAGGAGAUGCUUUGUGUCUCACCGCCUAAGUGUUCCUGCAGAGAGGGGAGUGGCACCAAACUCUGUGACUCCGCCCCUUGUGAUGCCACUGUAACUAUAGACACCUCUAGAGACUCCCAGACAAUGAAAACAUCAAUCAAACCACAUGAUCUGAGACCGGCUUACUCUGACAAAUAUCAAGUUCUGGAAUAUGAACAUCAGCCUGAUGACAAGUUAGAGAAGUUGCAGACGUUCUACUCCGACAAAGGAGCUUCUCCCAGAACGGGACAGCGCUUUAAGGAUCUAUUACUGGCCAUUGAAGAGAAAACCUACAAUGCUCGCCACCACAGCGCCAUGGAAAGUACAACACAAACCUCCCCUUUACCUCGACUACGUCACACUGGAGCGCUGAAGGAAGCCACGCCUAGAAAAGUCACUUGGGUUGGUCUUACACGCCACACAACGCCUGACACAGGCUCCUCGCCUUUCUUAGUAAAUGGGUCCAAACCGCCAUUGUUUCCAUCUCAGAGACAGCAAGCUCUCGUCAUUAAAAACCUGAGACAUGCAAAGGAGAAGAGGAACACAGGAACGGGAGGGGGAGGAGGGAUCGGUAUCCCCAGUAAUACAGCGAAAAGAAACUCUGUUCAGUUGCGAACAGCUAUACAGCGCAGAGUCACGGACCUCAACUUACCAAUGCUUCCGUCUGCUUUACAAAACAAAUCUGACAAAAAGACAGAAAUACUCAGAAUGGAUUUCGGGUGACAUUUGGGUGAUCAGUAUGCUGGGUUCAGUACAAGUCAGGUUCAGUCGACUGCAUUUGUGGCUUAAUGUCGAUUACCACAAAACAAAUAAUUUUGAUUCAUCCCUCGUUUAAGGCAAGACACUACAGGCAAAACCAUAGCUUUUUACGCACUGGGCAAUUUUGCAUCCCUAACAUGUCAGACUAGUGGAAAGAAAGCAUUCAAAAUACAGUUUAUAUUACUACACUCUGUUUGCAUCUGUAGAUUUCAAUGACAAUACAUAUCUUUUUUUUAUGUUUAUGUGUGCUUUUCUCGCACCCAAAUCACUACAACAGAGUAAAACGACAAGUAAAAUACAAAUGAUACAGUAUAUAAUACAAAAUAAGACAAUAUAAAACAAAUCAAUACCCUAAUCAGCAGCUGUCACUUAAUCAUGGCCGUGUUUAAAGGCCAUUUUCUCAAAGUACGUUUUUUAGUACACAAAACACCUUUUCAGUUGUAUUCCUGUCUAUAUCUCUCUGUUUUUGCAGAGAAGUUUAUUCAUAUGUCAUCUGCCUGCCUGGUUUAUAUAAAAUUGUAUUCCUAAAAACAUGGUAAAAUGUAUUUUUUCUGGCUUUUGACAAUAUUUUGUGAUUGUGAUUUAAAAAAAAAAUAGAUAUCCAAAUCCUUCUCUAUAAAAACGUUUAACUCUAAUAUAGCAACAAAAUGUAACAAGAAUUUCGAACAUGACUUCAGAUUUCUGUUUGAGAAAUGUAAAAUUAGUGCACAUUUAAUUAGAUAAUUUGCAUAUUUUAAACAUAACAUUUCAUAACAAUUUUCUUAAAGUACUGUGAUUAAUAAACGGGUCAUUUCUAUAAGUUCAAAUCUUUACCUUACUCACCUGUAGUGUUUUGUCCUAAAUUCACUUCCACUGUAAGUGCCUCACUCUAAUUUAUUUGUGGUAAUCAACAUUAUGCCAGUUAUUGACAAUACACUAUCUGCUUCAGGAAGAAGAAUGAGAUACGAUAUGUUAUCAUAUUAAAAUCAACAUCUCUUGAUCCCAUUACCUUCCCCCUUGCCCUCCAUUCUCUUUUUCCUGCCCUAAUCCCUUGGUCCCAGGACAAUUUGACUAUACUCUUGAGUUUCUUAAUUGUCUGGUUGGGAUUUGACUGAUGCCUAUUGUAGGUUUUAAGCUGCUAUCAUGUUUCUUGCUUUAUGAAUGAAUGCAUCUCAAUGGCAUCACUCAACUAUGCCAGUCGGUGCCAAAGGAUGAGGAUCCAUAAGCCAGCUUGUGAGGAAUAUGGCUAAUAUAGUUGAAGUAUUAUAUUGGCUUUUUGUUUGAUGCUUACAGUACAAUAAAUUUGGAACUAUUAUUCAGGAAUGUGGCAAUGUAAUUUUGGUACAUCUUUUUUUAUUUUAUUUAGUUUUUACAACUUAUCUUACAAAUAAAUUGACAGGAUACACAA